CCCAAAGCCAUUAGCGGUGAACUUCUCGGCCAUGGCGGUUCGAAUUCCCAUUCACACUCUCAUUACUCUCUUUUCUUUCUCUUUCUUCGCUGCCCAUCACUUUGAAUUUGCAACAUCAGAUGAACCACCAAUGCCGAGUUUUGCUUUCAGUUGGUCGGAUGAUAAGGACACAUUCCAAGCGGGUGAUACAGCAGCCAUAAAGGUCAAAGUGCUUGGUAAUUUUGGCAGCAAUGGAAACAAAAGUGCUUUCAGUCCUACCCUUACUGUGAACGGGAAGACUGGGAACAGUUGUUUCAUAUCUGGGGUUCGUUCAGAUUUUGGGGAUGAUGGUAAUAAUUGGAGAAUUUCUUUUGUUCCUAUUUUGUCUGGGCUAUUCAGUGUGAUUAUCAAUGAUGACCAUUUUAGAGUUCUUGAUUCAUCACUUCAUUUCACUGCUCUACCAGGGCAAAUGUACCCGUCCGCCAGUGUUGCUUCAUGGAAGGGUCUUGUGAACGAGUUCAUAGCAGGGGCAAAAGCUACGGUUCUGAUACUUCCUAAGGAUGCAUUUGGGAACAAUAUUUCUACGAAUAGCAAAGAACCAAAUUCCUCUAUUUUUGAGGUGUCUGCAUUUUAUGGAAAUGGGUCUAGUGCAAAUAUGCUUAAUGUCACAUUCCUAGGAUGGAAUAAAUUUGGUUAUGUCAGCAUUGAGCUUAAAAUGUUCACAACUGGAACCUUUUUAUUGCAUGUAGUAGGGGGGAAUCAGACCUUGAAUGGCUCCCCCUUACCAUUCAAGGUGAACCCAGGGCCAUUGGAUGUCUCACAUUGUUUGGCUAAAUGGCGUUUUGAUACAAAUGUCUUACAAAUAUUUUCUAAGAUGGAAAUUUUUAUACACCAGCUAGAUCAAUAUGGGAACCUUGUUCCAGGAUUGAAUGAAUUUGAUGCUGAAGUUGUUGAAAAGGAGACAAACUUGUCAAUACCUAUAGCAGAUUUACAUUUUGUUGAAGUGGUGCCAGGGAUUCAGUUGUUUUCUUUCAGUGCAUCAGAACCAGGAAACUUCAUGCUGACAAUAUAUGAUAUGGGACAGAAUAAAAGCAUCUCUAAUAUGCCGUAUGAUUAUACUGUUUAUGUAGGUUAUUGUGAUGGAUCAAGUAGCAUGGUCAAUGGAUCUGGUUUGGAUAGUUCUGUUGCGGGGGAAAUGGCAAAGUUCUCUGUUUAUUUGAAUGAUAUAUAUCAAUAUCCCUCUCCAGUUGAGUUAGAAAGGCUUCGAUUACAAAUUGUUCGGAAACUUGACUCCCUCGUUGUAUUGCCAAGCAUACAUCCUAUACUGGUUCUCAAUGGAAGUGAACAAUCUGGAGAACUGAGAUAUGGCGUUAUCAGUGAUAUGGAAAUUGCUUCUGCACCAUUAAUAGACCCAAAUAACAUUUUUGUUGGAAAUCCCCAAAAACUCACUAGUGCUUUUGAUGUCACUUAUACACCAAUAAAGAGUGGGAUUUAUGACAUUCAUGUGUAUUGUGGCAAUGUUCCUCUAAAUGGUGGUCGCUCAUUCACAAAGGAAGUUAGGGCAGGGAACGUUAACGUAUCACUUUCAGGUUUCGUGAAAUAUGCUUCCAAAGUACCAAAGUUGAUUGAAAAUGAAAUAGUAGUGCAGCUCGUUGACUCCUUCAAUAAUUCUGUCUUUUUGCAACAAUCAAGGCUAAAACUAGAGAUUGCUUCAAUUAACACUUCUGCUUUCUCAAGUUGGAUGUUCAUGGAUAACAAUGACGGGUCCUACAUCAGUCAUUAUGUGCCUAAGGAAGUUGGAACUUACAAUAUAUGUGCUUCAUUUGACGACAAACAUUUCUCACCCUGCCCCUUGGGGGUCAAUGUGUACAGUAGUGAGUAUUUUCCUAAAGCCUACAAUGAUACAAUAUCAGUUUGGGAGGAUGAAUCAAUUGCUUUUGAUGUUCUAGCGAAUGAUUACUUCUCUGGCGGGAAUGCCAGUAUUACUGAAUUUUCAAAACCAAGGCAUGGCUCACUUCUACAGUGUGGAGAGCUCUUUAGAUAUACACCUUACAAAGACUUUUAUGGGGAUGAUUAUUUCUCAUACACAAUAUCUGAUGUUAAUGGAAAUCUUGAUACUGCUGCUGUCAAUAUCUCUGUUCUCAUUACCCCACCCCAAUUUGUUUCCUUUCCAAGUCAAUUGCAGGCAAUUGAAGAUGUGAUUAGUCCCAGAUUUGGGGGUUUCUCGGGUUUUGAGAUGAGAUAUUCAGAUCUGAUGGAGAACAUCUCUGUUAUUCUCAGUGCACAAUCUGGUUCUGUCUUUCUUUCUCCUAUGCUGAUGCAAUUUUGGCAAUCAAUGUGGAGUGGACUUUCCGUGAAGAAAGGGGAUGGAAAAGCUAAAGAUUUGAUUUUGGAGGGUCCUGUAGAAGUGAUUAAUUUUGCACUUCAGUCAAUCCAAUAUUUUGGAAAUGAAAACUUUUAUGGCAAUGAUAUCAUCCGAGUGUCCACCACUAACAGAAAUGGAAUGAAUGACUUGAAUGUGUCAGUAUCUGUGGAACCUAUCAAUGAUCCUCCAUUUAUUCGUGUCCCUGAAUUCAUUAUAUUGAAGAAGAACAAUGGUGAUGGGUCUCUAAUUUUUGACAGACAAAAAGACAAGUUUGAGUUUUCUAUUUGGGAUCCAGACCUUCCCAACUUCCCUGGUGGCGAAUCUCGAUUUAUGGUUACACUUUCCUUGGAAGUGAACUCUGGAAUUCUGGUGACCAAUUUACCAGCGGAGCUCAUUCAUACAACAGAGCUGAAGUUAAAGAAUAUGUAUCAGUGGCAGCCUCUUCAGACAUUUGUCACCAUCUCAAAACAUUUUAUGGUCAAAGCAAAAGGUGUCAGGUUUCGAGGAACAGUUAAGGACUGCAACAGUGUCAUGGAACAACUAUUUUAUGAUGGUGGUGAACAUGGUGCAGUUUUAACAGUGACGGUAAAUGAUAUGGGCAAUUAUGGGUGUUAUCCAGGGAGUGCUGAAAACAUAUCAAUGCCUUUAUUUUCUGAGGCUACUGUAAAUCUAAUCCGAAGAAGUCCAAUGAGUUCGUUGGCUGCUUAUACUCUGGGAUCAGCAAUUGUUAUUGAAUUUCUAAUGAUGCUUUCUCUCGGAGCUAUACUUCUGUUUUUCACUUGCAAAUGUGCAAUUGUUCUGGUUCAUGAAAGAAGAAGUCGUGAUAUUGGCAACAAUAAGCUUUCUAAAGUACCAAGUUCCCAUAAACAACCGCCAAACACAAGUUUAUCUGAAGAUGCAACUUGCUUCACUGGGUGGUGCCCAAGCCCUUUCUUUCAUAGCAGCCAUCCUUCCGACUUUCAACGAAGAUCUCGCCUUGAAUCAGGAAACAUACAAACUGGCAAAAAUGAUGUAUGUAGUGAUCACAGUCAGCAGACUCCUCUGCCUAGUUUGGUGCCACUUGCUAUUGAAAAGGGGCAGAGUAGAACAAUUUGAUCCAUCAAACAUGCAUUGUAAAUAAUGUAAUAUUUGGGUGCCUGUUUAAAUUAAGUGAAUGGUUUCGCAUUCUUCUC